UCUUCGUAAAUAUAAAAAAAGACUUGAGUGGUAAACGAGAUGUGAAAGAAUAUAACUGUGUAAAGUCUAGUGAAAAUAAUGUUACUGCAAAAAAUUUUGUAGAGAAAAAGUUGUCAGUGUAUUUAUGAAUUAAUUAGGAUUAGGGUUUGGUAUAGAAGAGAUCAUGCAAUCUUAGACUGAAGGAUUCUCAUUCAUUUGUAUUUGUUCAGUCAUGCCCGACAUCAUAUAAUCUAUAAAACAAAUACCUUUUUGGGAUUGUUCCGUUUCUUUGUUUUAACUAUGCUUGCUGUAUAAUUUAACUUAUUGUCAUAUUCUUAUAUCAACAGCCUUUAGAUUUAGUGGAAGGUUGACCAAUACAUUUAUAUUCAUAAAUUGAUUUAAUACUGGUCGUUUCUUUAGUAAAUCAUCUAAUUCCUUAAAGAUUUUUUAUCCAUUUAAAUACUGUUUUAGGAAUCUUAGCAUUUUAUAUUUAAUGGCUGUAUUCUUCGUCAAGCCUGUGCAUGGUACUUUUUAAAGUUUGUUAUUUCUGACGGUUUUCUGAAGCAAAUAAUUUAUAACUUAUUCAAUUGUUUAUAUUUUUAGCGCUUUUUACAAAGGUUAAAUUUUAUUUGAUUCGAAUAAGAUUUAAAUUUUAAAUGACAGGGGUACCAUACAAAACAGCCGUAGAAGAUUUACUUCCUUCCAAUCGCUCAGAUAUCUCAAAGGAUGGGAUAGUAGCAGAAGGACAAGAUUCAACCAUUUUAUCAGAUUCUCUGACAUUUCUGUCAGAUUAUAACUUGCAUGAUCAUAACUCACUCAACCAUGAUCUAGAUUUAACAAUCGGACAUUACGACUCCGAAUUCAACAAUUUAAUAGAUUCUGAUCUUUUGCUACAACAGGUUAAUGACGAUAAUAUCAGAAUAAACCGCCGUUUUUCCUGGCCCUGCGUGUAUGCAGACGAUUACGAUUUAAUUCCUAAUGAUUCAAACAAUUCCAACAAUACAGUCACAGAUAACCUUGAAACAAACCCUAAAAUGAACCUUAGUAGGUUUAGAAGCUUGGACGGACUACAGUCUUUCAGCAUUUUGAGGAAGAAUAAUUGGGGAAGCUUGAUAUAUAGAUUCAGGAAGUUCUGCAUAGAACAUAACAAAAAUAAAUUCACUAAAUCAAGAGGAUCUUCACUGGACUCAAAUUCUUCACUUUCAGGCUCCUCAGACUCAAACUCAAAAUCACUGGAAAACAUCCUAAACUUGAAAAAUGACGUGGUACAGUACGCAGUUUUUAAACCAGUAAACUUGAACUUUAUCAACCGUGAAUUUAUGAACGGGUUUGUAAAGAACAAGGAGGAAAAAGAUGACAUUGUGACAGUGGUAAAGAGCUUAAGUAAUAAGAGGGUGUCAACAUAUGGUCUGACCCGAAUAAUUAAGUGUACCUCGAGGCAGGAGUAUGAAGUCCUAGAUCACAGUACGGGAAACUACUUCCUGCUUAAGCUCACUAAUAGCCUAAAUACGUUUAAUAUUUAUAAAAUGCUCUUUGACAACCCACACCCAAACUUUGUCGAAGUUAUCCAAUUAUUGACUAACGGGGAUUUCAAUUCAAUAAGUGAUAAUCAGAGUUGUCAGAAUCAGGACGUAUUAUACUAUAUAUUAUUAAAUACCUGCAACCACAUGAACCUGGACGAUUAUCACAUUAAUACACUCCCGAGCUUGAUAGAUUUUAAAAUUUUAAGGAAUAUAAUAAAGGGUCUGCUUAACUUUAUGUUUUAUUUACAUUCAAAGUCACUGGUUUUAAACAAACUGUCAAUGAAAUCAGUGAUAUUGUGCAACACGUCAUCUAACGGGUUGGAAAACGGAAUCAAUGAAGAUAUACAACCGAAAUUUGUAGACUUAGACGAUGUUAAGCCAUUAGAGGGCAAGACUGACAUCAAACACGAUUUGUGGCUAGUAGGAAAUUUGUUGUUUAACUUCAUAGAAGGGAAACAGUCGGAUGAAAGUUAUUCAUUCAAGUCAAACCUCUGGACAUUGUCUCCCAAAAUGUUCGACUUCUGCAUUAUCGCCCUAGGAAAAAGAUCAGUAUUUAACUCUGCUCUCGAGGCACUCAUACACCCGUGGUUUACACAGUGAAAAUAAUUUUGUU